GUAGCGCGGGGCGAUUGUGCUGGGCUGGCAGUGCGAGACACUAGCCCUCCCCCGCUUUCGCUCGUGGCUUUUGCCAAUCUCUCUGCACCAUACACACUCAUAGCGCCACCUCUAACUACCAGAGAAGAGCUGUCAGCUGCAUUCUGCAAGCCGUAGAAGCUUACCUGUCAUUUAUUUUAUUUUAUUUUUAUUUUUUUCUUAUUUGGACGCCGGCUUUGCUUGAAGCAUGUGGGAAGAAGACUGGCAGUUGAAGACGGACGCAUAACUGCUCCGGUCGUGUGAGGGGCGGUGGGAGGGAAGGUUAGGAAUUAUUCUGACAAAGAAUUAGCGUGUGCAACAGCUAUUACACAAAUAUAAAGCUGGUGUUUUAGCAAAGAAGAUUAUUCACACAAGGGUAUCCCUUGUGCGUCGCAUGUGACUGGUUUCUUCAUCAACAAUGCAUCUCUUGCUUAAUAUUGUUGCUGGAGAGGUCCGACGAUGACUGAGCACCCAGACUCAAUCAACCCGGACCUGUGAAGAACACAGGCGGCCGAGUUGCAGGGAGCCGCUCCUGGAGGCUGUAGCUCCUGGGUGGCGCUCAACUGUUGCUGACUGACUAUUACAUCUCGAAGCUUCCGAUGGUGACAGGAAUUAUGGAACCUUUGGACAUCAAUCGAAGGAAACUUGUCUGAAGAGGACUGUGGCCUAUGGGACUCUCGAAGGCGGCGGGGAUGAUGCGGCCGCUGAGGGUGGCUCCGACGCAGCUCCCCCUCUCCCUCCUGCUGCUGCUGCUGCUGCUGUUCCUGGCAUUGUCAGCGCUGCCUGUGCAGGGCAGCGCGCGAGGUGGAGGAGAGCAACCGCGUUACGAUACGAUUUACGCCUGUGAGGGUAAGGUGCUCGCCAUCCGCUGCACCGACGGAAACGUCAUCCAUCUGAUCCGCGCCAACUACGGCCGCUUCUCCAUCACCAUCUGCAACGAACACGGGAAUACAGAGUGGAGCGUUAACUGCAUGUCGCCUAAGUCGCUACGCGUGCUGCACAACAGAUGUAGCCAGCAGCAGAACUGCAGUAUUGUUGCUGCUACAAGUAUGUUCGGGGAUCCUUGCCCGGGCACUCUAAAAUACUUAGAGGCCCACUACCAGUGCAUGCCAGCGACGACGACGACGGACCGGCCGAGCCCGCCCUGGCUCACGACGUCGCAGCCGUCGCCCUGGAGCACGGUGCGCGUGGAGGCGCCGCUGCCGCCGCCGCCACCCCCGCAGCCGCACCCUCCGGCCGCCCCCGCGGACACGGCGCUCAUCCCCGGCACUCUGCCGGCCCUGCCGCCGCCCCCCGUCACGCAGCCACAGGACACGGCGACGGUGGUUCCUCCCAGCACAACUACAGGUCGCGCCGGCUCGGCCGCAGCUGCGGCGGCGGCGGCGGCGGCCGCGGCGGCGGCGGCGGCGCUGCCGUCGCACUUCCCUCCGGAGGAGCUGUCGCGGCUGUGCCCCGCGGUGACGGCGCGCAACCUCUUCUGGAACUGGACGUGGGCGGGCGACGUGACGGAGCAGCCCUGCCCCGGCGGCUCUACGGGCCGCGCGCGCUGGCAGUGCCGCAGGCGCGACGACGGGCCGCCGCUCUGGGCGCCCGACGCGCCCGACCUCUCGGACUGCCACACGCUCUGGUUCACCAACCUCGAGACGCGCAUGACGCACGGAGACUCCAUCACCACCAUCGGCAACGAGCUGGCACAGGUAACAGAGAGUGUGCCCCUCUAUGGGGGAGACAUGCUGGCUGCUGCUGAAAUUACACGGAAACUGGCCAGAAAGAUGUCUUCCGACAUCUCGACUUUCCCUGACCCUCGACAGCGUGAGGCCAUUGUCACAGAACUUUUGUACAGUGUCAUCCGCACGGGCAGCAACUUGUUGGAAUGUUCUCAUCACCAGAGCUGGAAGGACCUAACAUACAAGCAGCAACUCCAGGUUGCAACUGAAAUGCUAAUGGGCCUCGAAGAAAAUGCAUUCUUGCUAGCUGAGACUGUGCGCCGUGAGAAGAGGGUUGUGCAGACCGUCAAGAACAUACUGCUGACUGUAAGAGUAAUUCCACUUGCCCAAGUCAGUGAAGUGGAGGUGUUUCCUCUGGCAGAAACUCACGUUCCAUGGCCAAUAUCACAGAACUGGGUGGAACUUCCAAGAAUGUCCGUUCUGGAAAACAGUGACGGAGGAUUUGUACGCAUAGUAUUUGCAACUUUCGAUCGAUUAGAUGAGGUCCUGCAGCCGAGGAAUCGGUCUCAAAGAAUCAAUUCUAAAAUUAUCGCAGCUUCUCUCGGGAAAGGAAAGCACAUACAACUAUCAAAGCCUGUGAAAAUAAUUCUACAGCAUAUUGAUACAAGCAACAACCUAACAAAUCCUUCAUGUGUUUUCUGGGAUUAUGUAAAUGGGGCGUGGUCUGAUGAAGGCUGUCAAGUUGAAAAGACUAAUGCAACUCAUACCCUGUGUGUAUGUGACCAUUUAACCAACUUUGCCAUAUUGAUGGAUGUGCGUUCUGUAAAAAUUGAGGCCGCGCAUGAGUUUGUGUUAUCAUUCAUAACUUAUGUGGGCUGUAUCAUCUCUGUUGUGUGCCUGGCCCUGGCAUUUCUCACCUUUCAAAUUUUCCGUGGACUCAAGUCGGAUCGUACAACAAUCCACAAGAAUUUAUGCAUCUGUCUUUUAAUUGCGGAAGUAGUAUUUCUGUUUGGCAUUGGCCAAACGCAGCAUCGAGUAAUUUGUGGUGCUGUCGCAGGACUUCUGCAUUUUUUCUUCCUCUGUGCGUUUGCAUGGAUGUUCCUUGAAGGGUUUCAGCUUUAUGUGAUGCUGAUUGAAGUAUUUGAAGCUGAAAAAUCACGCAUUCGGUGGUAUUACACAUUCGCCUAUGGAGCACCUCUGAUAAUUGUAGCUGUGUCUUGCAGUGUUGACCACCUGAGUUAUGGAACUGAAAAAUACUGCUGGCUUCGUGCAGAUAAUUUCUUCAUAUUCAGCUUUGUUGGACCUGUUAUAGCUGUGAUACUUGCAAAUCUAGUCUUCUUGAGUAUGGCAAUAUACAUGAUGUGUCGUCAUGCAAGUGCGUCAGCAUCGAUGAAGAGCAAAGAACACUCGAGGCUUGCCAGUGCCAAUGGGAAGGAGGAGAAUGCUCUCCAGAACAAAUUGCAAUCACACCUGUCAUGGCUGAGGGGAGCUAUUGUCCUUGUCUUCUUGCUUGGACUUACCUGGACCUUUGGAUUACUCUACUUGAAUGAAGAAUCACUUGCAAUGGCAUAUAUAUUUACAACACUGAACAGUUUUCAAGGAAUGUUUAUCUUCAUUUUUCACUGCAUUCAGAAUGACAAGGUGCGAAAGGAAUACAGGAAGCUUGUGCGAAGGUACCCGUGGCUCCAGUGUAGGAAGAAGAGCAACAGGAGCGGAGCAGCCAAGGAGCAUGGAGGACGUGGCAUGGCUUCCGGAUCGGGCUCGGGAUCUGGUUCGGGUUAUGCUGCCAACAAUCCCAACUCUCACUCGACGGACAGUUCGGCCCUGUCACCGCACGGCACUAGCAACAUUUCGUUUAAAUCGUACAGCCGUGAUUCUGGACACGGUGGCUCUGAGCAAGAGGACUCUGGGACAAGUGCUAACCCGAGUACGUUACGUCUGCAACCGGCUGUGCGGGACAGGGAAGCCCGUACUGCUGGGAAUGUCAGUGGAGCACCACGUUCUCCUAGUCCCUGGAACCACACUUACACUGAAAUCCGUGAUGCCGAUCCCGUCUACGAGGAGGUCGGGCGACGAGCAGGUGUCGUGCCUGUGCACGGAGGUGCAGGAAGUAGUUCACGGCGGCGUGGUGGAGGUGUGGGUACAACUGCUGGGACACUGAGGGGUGGUAGUGUCGGUGGCCUGGACCACAGGCCACUAAUCUCGGGUGGCGAUCGUGACAUGACUACACCACGUGCACGCAAUGCUCGCACAGUUGCUGUACUUGAUGGUGAGACAGUUGUUUGCCAUCUGGAACCUGAACGUUACGAUUCAUGUGAUUACGAUCCACGUGACUACGAAGCUAAUAGUUAUGAUUAUGGCAUUGGUGGCUACGACCCUCGCGACUACGACACUCGUGACUAUGGAAUUCAUGGGUACGAUCCACAGGAUUGUGAAGAGCAGCAUCAGCAGACACAGCCACAACUACAGUCACAGUCACAGUCACAGUCACAGUCACAGCCACAGCCACAGCCACAGUCACAGCCACAGCCACAGACCCAGUCACAGUCACAGUCACAGCCACAGACCCAGUCACAGUCCAAGACCCAGUCACAGUCCAAGACCCAGUCACAGUCCAAGACCCAGUCACAGUCCAAGACCCAGUCACAGUCCAAGACCCAGUCACAGUCCAAGACCCAGUCACAGUCCAAGACCCAGUCACAGUCACAGCCCCAGUCACAGUCACAGCCCCAGUCACAGUCCAAGACCCAGUCACAGUCCAAGACCCAGUCACAGCCACAUCCACACUCACAGUCAGAUUCACAGUCGCAUUCACAGUCACAGUCAGAUUCACAGCCACAGCCACAUUCACAGCCACAGCCACAUUCACAUUCACAUGGACAUGGACAUGGACAUGGACAUGGACAUGCACAUGCACAUGCACAUGCACAGUCUCAGCCACAGUCACAACCACAGUCACAGUCACAACCACAGUCACAGUCACAGCCACAAUCUCAGCCACAGCAACAGUCUCACCAUCACCAUCACCACCAUCGCCGGCGGCAUCACCACCGUGAGCACCGCGAACAUCGUGAACACCAGUAUCCUUAUGGGUCUCCGGCAGUCACAGCCUACAGCGAAUGUUAGGCAACUACUUUCUGUGGAAUGAGUCUCGAUCUUGUGAUGAGAAAUAAUUGAAUCCCUGCCAUUGUAUGCUGAAACUAGGAAUAAGUAGGUUGUGCUUGAUACUAUCUGAAAACGUGUAAUAAUAUGCAUUAUCUUUCAUUGUAUGGCCAUCCCUUGCUCUUCCUGCUCAGUGAACUGUAGAAGUUUUGGGUACUUUCGAUGUGAUUUGGUGUUGGUCACCUAAAAAUGAAGUGUAAUAAUUUCACAAUUAGUGUACUCCAAAGUUUUAAAUGUGAAAUCCUUUAGGAGAGAUCCACAAUGAGAAUGGUGACUAAAGAUGUAAUAUAAGAGACAUCUGUGAUCGAACAACGCAGAUGGACACACAUUCCUUUAUGUCGGUGUUGAUGUUGAUGGAAGCCUCUCCUACUCGCUGAUCACGCAUUUCUUCCGUUACCUGAUGCCACUCCCUUCCCCCUAGCUGACAAAUAGAAAAUGAUGGCUUAUCUGAUGCUACCCCUCAUUAGUUGUAGAAUCGUAUAUGUUCCCCUGGUUUUAUCGUGCUGUGUGUUCCCUUUGUGUAACUGCAUAAGUUAACAUGGAUGUCAAAUUAUGCAAAUUUGUGUAAAACUACUGAUUGUCAGUCAAUGUUACAUUAUAUAAAAUUUAUAUGUUCAGAGCAGAGUUGUAAACUGGAUGUUAUAUUAUAUAAGAUAUGUAUCCACAUUAAAUGCAUAUGAAUUGAACUAAAGGAGACCACUGGUAGUCAGUUUCAGAAACUGAGUGAAACGCAGGUUCUGCAAGAGCUGACUGCCAUGAAUUCCUUGGUUUGGUCUAUAUUUGUUGUAUGUUGUAGUGAAAUAUCUGACAAUUAUCUUCUGUGUGUACCAAACUCCCACAAAAAGUGUAAUAUCAGUACCCUUCCUCCUGACUUACUGUGCAUCGGAAUACUGUAAGUUUUGUGUCAUUUCCCUACCCCUUGCGAUUCCCAUAAGAUGUAACCGAAGUAAUGUUUUCUGAGAAUGGAAUGUAUCUAUAUAUAUGUAUGUAAUGUAAAUAAAUGUCAAAUAAGUCACCUGGAAAGAUAAAUUACUGUGUUUAGUUGAGAAUGAUUUCUGGACUCGGCCAGGUUGUAUUUGUCUGAAAGACUGUUAACAGUUAUGUAACGGACAAUUUGAGAUUGCACAACUGUUUGAAAUAAAUUAUUUAAGAGUUUGUAUGUUUUAUUUUUUUAUUUAUACAUGAAGUCCUUGUAGAAAUGAAAUGUGAUGUAAAUCACAGUCUGAGAUUUGUAUUAAGUAACUGAAAUCUAGGGAAAACUUACUGAAAUACCCUUUGUUACUUUUUGGUGUAAUUCAAUUUACUCAGUUGUCAAUGAGCAUUGAAAGAAUGAGAAAUCUGCAGGUCGUAUGGGGAAGGCGAAAUAUACUUUUCCCUUGAUUCUUCAAGUGUUUAUUUUUUUUUUAUUAAAGAAAUGUAUUCCACUGAAACUGUUGUAACACUUAAUUGUAAAAGUCUCUCACUGUAACAAUCAAAAAACAAAACAGAUCAUCAAAUAAAAUUUGUAUUGCUCAUUUGUA